GCUCGUACUGAAGGUGAGCAGACAGAGGCCAAACCAGGCUUCUGGCUCGUACUGAAGGUGAGCGGACAGAGGCCAAACCAGGCUUCUGGCUCGUACUGAAGGUGAGCGGACAGAGGCCAAACCAGGCUUCUGGCUCGUACUGAAGGUGAGCGGACAGAGGCCAAACCAGGCUUCUGGCUCGUACUGAAGGUGAGCAGACAGAGGCCAAACCAGGCUUCUGGCUCGUACUGAAGGUGAGCAGACAGAGGCCAAACCAGGCUUCUGGCUCGUACUCCGUCACUGGAAAAUAUAAAGGAGCAAGCAAGAAUAAUUUCAAAAGGUGGCCAACGGAGAAAUCCUCUUACCAGGAGAGAGAAAGAUAUACAUGGAAAAACAAGAGAGAAUGGAAAUAAAGGAAUCAAAAAGAAUAAGGACAGAGUGUUCACACAUGUAGAUAUUGAUUGUGUUGUGUGUGUUUGGUCCGUAUUGGAUGGUGCCGGUAAAGUGUUUUUAGGAUUACAAAAGGCAGUCCAGUCGAAGAUCAUUUACAACACAGAGAUUGAUCCCCUCCAAAACAACUAAAAAAAGGUGAUAAAUUACUUUGCUGGAAAAUGAUAAAUCAUUUAAAUUGGGUUGAAUACAAAAAGGUGAGAGUGUGACAGAACUUUUACACUGAAAAAAGUAUGAAAUUCCUUUUUUUGCUAACUUUUGCUGUUAAAUCAUGCCUGUAAUAUUUAGCAUUUGGCUACAAGAGAUGUGGAAUCUAUUCACAGAUCAUGUGUGGCUUUCUAUAUGCUCCGAGAUAAUGUUCUGCAACAUAUACAUAAUAAUAAUAACGUUCAAAUCUUUUGAUAUCCCUUUUAUCCCUUAUCUUUACUCAAGGAGGUUGCAGUGUGCUCCUUCAGAACCAUGUCGUCAGGCGAACCCAGAGCCAAGAAAAUUAAGAAAACCCCAGAGGGGAAAACUCCAGAGAGGAACACUCCCAAGAGGAACACCCCCAAGAGGUACACUCCCAAGAGGAACACUCCCAAGUGGAACACUCCCAAGAGGAACACUCCCAAGAGGAACACUCCCAAGAGGAAAAUUCCAGAGAGGAAAACCCUGACCAAACUCCGCCCUAAUUCUCUAUUCGGGAUGGGCAACCCCCUUCUGGACAUCUCAGCCGUUGUGGACCAGGACUUCCUGGAGAAGUACGGUUUGAAGUCAAACGACCAGAUUCUGGCGGAGGACAAGCACAAAGCAUUGUUUGAAGAGAUUUUCAAGUUUAAAGUAGAGUAUCAUGCCGGAGGAUCUACUCAGAACUCUAUAAAGGUCGCCCAGUGGAUGAUCCAGGAGCCCCACAAGGUGUGUACAUUCUUCGGCUGUAUCGGGAAGGACAAGUUUGGGGAGAUUCUGAAGCAGAAGGCAAUGGAGGUCCACGUGGACGCCCACUACUAUGAGCAGACAGAAGAACCUACAGGGACCUGCGCCGUGUGCAUCACCGGGGACAACAGGUCUAUGGUAGCCAAUCUAGCAGCCGCUAACUAUUAUAAGAAGGACGAACAUCUGGACUUGAAGGAGAACUGGAAACUGGUGGAGAAAGCCAAGGUCUUUUAUAUCGCUGGCUUCUUCCUGACGGUGUCUCUGGAGUCCAUCUUGAAAGUGGCCAAACACGCAUUUGAGAACAACAAGCUGUUCACUCUGAACCUCUCCGCUCCCUUCAUCUGCCAGUACUUCAAAGAUGCCCUCAUGGAGGUCAUGCCCUACGUAGACGUGCUGUUCGGCAAUGAGACGGAGGCAGCCACGUUUUCAAAAGAGCAAGGCUUUGAGACAGAGGACAUUAAGGAGAUUGCUAAGAAGGCCCAGACUCUGCCCAGAGUCAACAAGAAGAGGCAGAGAAUCGUUGUCUUUACUCAGGGGAAGGACGAAACCAUCACGACCAAAGGAGGUGACAAGCUGGAGACGUUCAAAGUUCUGCAGAUUGAGCAGAAGGACAUUGUGGACACAAAUGGUGCCGGUGAUGCCUUUGUAGGAGGAUUCCUGUCAGAGUUGGUCCAGGAUAAGACAUUGGAACAAUGUGUGAAAGCAGGACACUACGCUGCCAACGUCACCAUCAGACAAACAGGAUGCACCUUCCCUCACAAACCAGACUUCCACUGGUGACCUUUAACCUUAACCUCUGACCCCUAAGCGAUCCACCCUGACCCUCACCAUCCCAACUAACCGAACCAGGGCCCCCCCCGUCCCUUAUUUUUUUAUAAUCAUCCAUCCAUGCUUUCAUCCAAUUCAUCCCUCCUUCACUUGACUUUCUGCAACCAGACUUCUGUGCCUGUUCUUCUUGUCCUUCACUAGGUGGCUUGGGCCACACCCACACCCGAUCUGAUUAUACUGACGUUCUACUGCCUCCAUUAGUGACUCGGCUCAAGUCAACUGCCCUUUGUAGACUCAGUCAGCCUGAUGGCACUUACUUAAUACUUCCUGAUUCACAGUUAGAGAUGCUAUAAAGGCUUUGUAUAAUUUCAGACUGUAGUUUUCAAAACGUGUCCCUGAAAAUUGUGCACAAUUGUGUACAACGUCACCCAUUUCGUGUGAUAUGUUACGUCUUGAAUUUUCAUUUUCUUUCUUCAUAUGGUACGUUACGAAUUUGUUAGUGUUUAAGAUCCCGUUCAAUCUCUUCAACUGUAGUAAAGCCUCUCAUUUAGGUGUCAUGUUUACACACAUAGCAGGUUGCUGUUGGAAACAGACUGUUGUCCAGUCUUCUCCAUGGGGACCGAGCUAAAGCCAAGUUAGUGAGCCAGGUUAGGGAACGGGUUAGGGACACGGUUAAGGUUGGUUAGGGAUGGGUGGAAUACUGCCAUUUGACGGAGGAGGUUUCUGUUGAGAAGGUGGGAGAUCAUUUCUAGUGAAGCAGCUCGAUAUAGAUAGUAGAGACCGAAUGCAACUGUUUUUAUAUGAAUAUCAAAUCAUUUCUGGGUAACAAAUACGUACCUUACUAGCUCGGUUUCCAUCCAAUUGGUGACAGAUGUUCAUGUGAAUAUUCCGCAGCAUAAAGACAGUAUGAGCAUUUCCCCACCAGUGGUGCGUUUUCACCAGAAUUACUUGUUGAGGACAAAAUCAGUGCGUGAUGACAUAGUGCAGUGUUUCCCAACCCUGGUCCUUCAGUACCCCCAACAGACCACAAGACCGAUCCUCCAGUACCCCCAACAGACCACAAGACCGGUCCUCCAGUACCCCCAACAGACCACAAGACCGGUCCUCCAGUACCCCCAGAGUACCCCCAACAGUACACAGGACCGGUCC